UAGGGUUUUGCAGAAUCUCAGUCUCUCUCUCUCUCUCUCUCUCUCUCUCUCUCUCUCUCUGUAACUCAUUCUCUCAAAGUCUUCAACAUGAGCAGAUCGGGCCAGCCUCCGGAUCUCAAGAAAUACAUGGACAAGAAGCUCCAGAUCAAGAUGAAUGCAAAUCGGAUGGUCGUUGGGACGCUUCGUGGGUUUGACCAGUUUAUGAAUCUAGUGGUUGACAACACUGUAGAAGUGAAUGGCAAUGAGAAAACUGAUAUCGGCAUGGUGGUGAUCAGAGGAAAUAGUGUGGUCACUGUUGAGGCUCUUGAACCAGUAAACAGAUCAUAGUGUGGGUUCUACUUAUGCUUUUGUGUUAUUUUGGAUGGUAUCAAUAUGACAUUGGGAAGGAGAUCUUCUGUAAUCUGGAUUAGGUGGCCCAUUGUAGUGCUUUAUUCCCCCCCUUUUCUUUUCAAGCAGACUUAAUGAUAAUAUUGUGUAUUCUGUAUGGGUUAUGAUGGAUGACAGUGACCUUUGGUUAAUAUAAUGCUUAUAUGGUCUUACCAGCUGGGUUAAUA